UGGGUUAUUACUUACACCGCACGGAACGCGUCGCUUUCAUGUUUUUAUUUUAUUUUAUAACUAUAAUGUAAGAAAUAUAAUAAGUACUUUAUCUGUUAUUACAUUAUUUAUGUAAAAAGUGUAAGAUUUUAAAUUUUAUGUAGUUCAUUACAUUAUAAAGAAUUUAGGUUACAUAAAAAAGCACGUAGCAAAAAGGAGCAACAUGGUUCAGGCUACAGAUGAAAUGGAACAGCCCGACUUGCCACAAGCUGUAAAAUUAUUAACAGAAAUGAAUAUGAAUGUGCAGCAAGUUUCACAAUUAGUAGACAAUAUGUUGUUACGAGUUAAAAGUGGUGAAAUAACAACGGACAAGGGUCUUAGUUUUUUAGAAAUGAAAUAUCAAAUGCUUCUAAGUUAUUUAAUUAAUUUAACAUAUAUAGUUUUGAGGAAAUGUUCUGGAGAGAAGAUUGAAUCUGACCCUUCCAUAGACAGGCUUGUCGAAAUACGCACUGUCUUGGAAAAAAUUCGUCCAAUAGAUUCUAAACUCAAAUAUCAAAUUGAUAAACUUGUCAAAACUGCAGUUGUUGGAAGUUCAGAUGAUGAUCCUCAAUCAUAUCACGCUAAUCCCGCCAAUCUGGUUAGUAAGAUAGAAAAUGAAGAUGAAGACAGCAUUGAAUCAGAUAAUGGCGACAAAAAAGACAAAAGUGAAAAAUCUAAUAUAUAUGUACCUCCUAAAUUGGCAGCAGUGCAUUUUGAUGAUAGUAUAUCUAGGAAUGACAGUGAAAAGAAGAAUAAGGAAAGAGCCAAAAAACAGUUUCUUAACUCAAAUGUUAUGCGAGAACUUCGUGAAGAAUACUCUGAGGCACCACUGGAAAUGACUACAGGAAAUCAUGUUAAGCACUCAAUAUCUAAGUAUGAACAAGAAAAAACUGAAUAUGAAGAGAAUUAUCUGACUCGUUUGCCAGUAACCAAAGCAGAAAAAAAUCGAAGGAAAAAGUUGACAACCGUUGGUAUGUUAGCAGACGAAGUUACCGGCACUCGCAGUACAGCACGUAAACACAAACUAAAAUCUAAAAAAGGUAAAGGGUUUAAAAGACGACGAACUCACUGAUCUCGAUAAUUACUUUUAACAUAUUCCCCUUCAAUUUAUAUUAUUGUCAAGCAUUGCAUAUGUAAAAAUAUUAAAUAUAAAAAAAUAUAAAUUCACAUGAAAAUACAUAAAUAAAUAUAGGCUUUUCAUCAAUUUUUCAAUCAAAGUUGGCAAAAUAAAGACUAUUAAUAUGUUAUACUAAAUUGUCAUUUACACAAUAUAUUAUAAACUGGUAAAAUUAAAAGGUGGUACUAAGAGGCUUGGUUAUGCAUAAUAUUUUAAUAAGUAUGGAUUAAUUUUUCAUUACUAGUUAUAUAAAAAGUGGUGACAUAAAUCGCAUGCAACUUCAGUUACAUGCAUUAAAAACCCCUGAUACAUAUCAAGUAAGUGUGAUUUAUCAAGUGGGCUAGCUAUGUCACAAACUCGAAUUAAAUCUUUUUCUUUUAAUUUUUUUAUAAUUUAGUAUAGGAAAGUGAAUAGGCAUUUAGCUAAUGGUAAUCAAGCAAUACUUUGUGUUGCUGUUUGGUGAUAGACUAAGUGUUCCUACAACUAAACUGAACAUAAUAAAUCUCUAUCACCAAAUAUAAUAAAACAAUAGACUUGUGAUGAAAACCAAGUGAUAUUGAACCAUAUAAUUAACAGUGCCAGGGCCUCAGUUGCUUGAAGUUUUCAGUUAUAUUAUUAAGUGAGUAACUUGCAAUUAAAGUUAAAAACUUAAAGCUAAAUGAAUAGUAUGACAUGAUAACAACCUUGAAUGUCAUUGUUAACAUCAUGUUUUAGAUUGAAGUUUUUUGUACUGCUGAAAUGUCUUUGUAAUUAAUUAUAUUCUCAAUCCAUUUUUUGUUGUCACUGUGCAAUGAUAAAAAACGAAAAGUAAGAAAUAAGUCUAAAUUGAGUCUUUCUCUCAAGAAUGUUGGGCAAUUUUUUUUAAUGCUAAAUUAUUUUACGGCUUAUGGUAUGUAGUACAUAGAUUGUGAUUUAUAUUAUCUAAUGAAAUAGGAAGGCAGGGUAAUUGUAUUCAAUUAUUUGCCCUUUUGGUAUAUGAAUGGGAUUUUAUCAAGUCAAGCAGCAGGGCAGGUAUCAAAUGCCGGUCGUCCGAAGAUUGAGGCUCUUCCUGGAUAUUUAUUUACAAUAUUCAUACUUGGUCCUAGGUUACGUUUUCUUAGUUGUCUAAACAUUUUCUUUAACAAUCGCAUCAAAGAUCAUAAAUAUUAUUAGCAUACAUUUGUUUUUCUUCUUUAUUUGUCUUAUGGUAUGAUAAAAUACUUCAUAUUAUUUAUUAUAUUUACAUGGAGGUAUGAAAGUUUGACGAAAUGUAAAUCCAGCUCCUAAAUAAGUUAUUGUUUGUUCUUGUUCCGAGAAUUAGUUUUGAAUUAUUUAUCAGUACAGUUAUUUCGUGGUUUUUUUUAUGCGAGCUUAGCCCGAAACAAACCCAUCUCGUGAAAAAAAAAACAAUUUUUUCUAAGUUCCGGCAAGCAUUUUAAAUGUAAUGAAAUUUAAUUUAAUAACGAAUUAUUUCAGACAUUCCUAACAUCAUUAAAAUUUAUAAUUCGAUUCGUUAGGUGCAUGUAUAUCAUAAUCAAUUGUAAAUGAUUUUCUCGAACAAAUUGAAUGACAAGGAAGUUAAAAUAUAAACAUGGUAAAUCACGUUAUUUAGGUUAGGGGUUUUUGCGCUCAAUUGCGCGCUUUUUCGUGUCAUUAUUUUUGUGGGAUGCUUUAUAACCGAGCCUUUCCGAAAUUAUCCUAUACUCAAACAAUCUUUGGAAUAGAUCAUCAUCGGCAGAUGACAAACUACAUAUGAGAACAUUGAUGUAUAGAACGCAGUUAAAAUGUCCUGAAACCAGUGUUCUUUAUUUUUUCCCCUUUACAUGCGCAAACGUCUAGGAGAGCUUAACUUCAGCCAAGCUUACAUGGAAAGCUCGUAUAGUAAAUAUUUUAUUAGCAUUUCUACCCAUAAUUGAUCUUCAAACAUCUAAUAUUAUCUUCUAAAUAUUUGAUCUUCAAACAUGCUCAAUAGCCAAAUUGAAAUGUAACUAAUAUGGCACUGAAUUAUGUUUCAUAAUAUGUCUUAUUUUGCUCGCUUGAUUUUAGAUUGAUGAGACAGUUAUUUUAAUUACAACAACAAGUUAAAAACAAACAGCUUUAGCAAUACAGAUUUAGUUUUUGGCCACUCUUUGAAAUAAAAUCGAAUAUAAUAGAAAUAGUUUAAGCAUAAGCACAUAACAAUGAAUUGAUAUAUUUUUUUACUAUAUGAUGAAGAUAAAACGAAUAGUCGCAUUGUCCUAUGUAUUUACAUGUGAUUUAAUCAUUUUUAGCUUAUGUUGUAAUGAAAUGGUUGGUUGUUAAUGUUACUUUAAAUUUCGAAAUAAAUUUACACAUUUAAAGUAAUGAAAGCAUAACCAUUUUUUCAUAGUAAAGCAGAUAAAAAUAAGAAUAUAAAAUUGAAGCUAAUGAAAAAGCGUUUGUAGUUAAAACAUUUUUUAACAUUAUCAUAAACUGGGGAAAUAACAACAACAAAUCACCUCCCUUAUGAAGACGCACUUUUUACAACUGUUAUAAAAUGAAAAUUUAGAAAGAUUUUAGUAUACAGGGUACUCCAUUGUCUAAGCACGUGCACAGUAAAUUUUAGCUCCUAUAUACCUAAUAAAAUAUAACUAUUAAAGUUAAGCUCUUAUUUGUUUCUCUAUAAAAUAUUUAUAAACAUCAUACUGGCUAUAAAAUGUUGGUUAAUUUAUGUGUACAUAGCAUUUUAACACAAUAAUUAUGUAAGUCACCUUUUGGAACUCUUUGCUGCUUAAUUAGUAAAAACGUCCAGGGAGGUGCUACAUCUUGCUUACUAAUGUUAUACUAAAUUGUUUCAUUUACGUAGGUACGUGUAUAUUAAUUAUUCAUGAAUUCGUCACUAUUAACUGUGCGAACGAAAUAACCAUAACUGAAAUGACUUAUGUUAUGAGAUAUUCACAGUAGCUAGAACUUUAUAUUGUAAAUACCUACACUUUUUUUAAUGAUGUUCAUGAAUCACAAAUGUUUAAAACUGCAGUGCAAAUAUCUAUUUUAAAUUUGCCUUACUAUGUGUAUUAUAUAAUAUAAAAAAGUAAACUAUAAAAAGUAAAAUAUUAAAUAAUAUAAGUAUGUUUAAUUUUAAGAAAGCAAGUGUUUAUAAUAAUGGAAACUUGAUAUGAAGGAAAAUGCAUGAAUGUGUUGAAAUGUAACUGAAAACUUUUAUUUUCUUCUUUUGUUUAGUAAUUAAUUUAUAUUUUUUUUAAGUUUUUCUAUAAUACAACUAAAGAUAAUUUUUUAAUUAAUCAUUGAUUUUAUGCGAAAUAUGUGAUACUAAUUUGGUACCAUACGAACUCGUAUCUACAGCAAAUAUCAGAUGAUUUUUAAAACAAUGGAUUUGACAUAAAUCAUAUUAGAUAACACAUAAAAACUCGUUUUUUUAAUUGGUAUUUAGCUUU